AAAGGUCGAUGAUGAUGUUGAGGAAAUGAAUGAGCCAAAGUCUCAACCCGUUAUUCAACCAGUUGAACAAGAGUUGUUAGAAAAUUCAGAUAUCAGCAAACUUCAAAAGGAGCUGGAAGAUGUGACUCAGCAAAAAGAAAAGUUAGAAGGGGAACGACACACACUGCGUGCUCAGCAAAUACUACAACUGAGUCUUACUAGCGAGACAAAAUAUUCUAGUAACUUUGGGUAUCCAAUAAAACUUCCCCAGAUCCAAGAUGUAAAUCCUGAAGCUAGAUUUUUCGGCGAGGUGUAUAUGACAAAAUUGCUGGAUCUGCUUGACUCUAAAGAUGUUGAUGUUCAGUUUCAAGCAACAAAAGUGAUAGCUAAUCUCACUGCCGAAGAGAGAAAUCAUAAGACAAUUAUGAAAGAAUAUGGUCACGAGGUGUUGAUAGAGGUUCUGAGUAGAAAUCAUCCGGAGGAUAUUCACAGAAUUGCUGUUGGUGCAAUAACCAACCUUGCAGUGACAUAUAACUGCCAGACUCAAAUCAUAGAGCUAGACAUUAUCGAGGUUUUGUCAAACGUAGCAGAGAAGGCUCGAGAUGUUAAGACUGUAGAGAUGGUUGCCAAAGCAAUUGCAAACUUAUGUGGAAAUAAUAAUUUGCAGAAGGAACGUAAAGGGAUUCAAGCUUUGUUCGAAAUAGCGGAUACAUGGCCACAACCCAAAGUUUUUGAAGAAGUAGCUAGGGGGGUCGCAAACUUUGCCAGAGAAACUAGACAAUCAAAAGUCUCCCUUGCUAGCUAGUAAACAUCUGAAGUGGAUAUUAGAAAACAUCGAAAAUAAAAAUUCAGCUAUAAGGCAACAGCUCGAAACAGCUCUCUGCUAUUUAGCACACCUACAAAACGGUGAGAAAAUAAAGCAAAAGGUGGUGAUCAUUGCCAAAAAAAGUUCCAACGAAGAUAUAAGAAUUUUUGCAGAGAUCACUCUCAACAAAAUUGAUCACAUAGGUAUUAAUAAUCACACUGACACCUCUUGGAAACCCUGCAGGGUUACCCUUAGAGGAGACUUCAGGAUCGAUUCAGAUCCUGUGGAUUUCACGUUCUCUCAUGAUUUUACCAGUUUUUCCGUGACAAGUGCAUCAUAUAGUCAAUGUUUGUUCCCAAAUUCCAGUGUUGAAGAAAUUAACAAAUUUCGAAUCAGUAUGAAUCUUGUGAAGAGGAAUGAAGAUAAAGGGGAAGAGACUAUUGGUGAUUUGAAACUCAGUUUAGACACUCAACUUGGAAGCAAAAGUUCUAAAGUCUUUUUGGGGAGAUUUAAAAACCGUGAUGUUGCUGCGAAACGCUCUCUUAUUAUUAAGAAGGGUAACUUAGAAAUAGAUAGGCUCAGUUCAUAUGACAGCCAUCCAAAUAUUGUUAGGUCUUUUGGUUUUGUGUCAGACAAACAGUAUAACUACAUUUGUUUUGAGCUUUGCAAAUGUAGUUUAGAUAUGUUGAUUAGUUUUUGUAGCUCAAAACAAACCGGGGGAAGAAAGUCUGCUGCAGAUCCAGAUUUAAUCAACCUAAUGCAAGGAAAGCAAUUGUGGGAUGCCAAUAGUAAUCCUUCUGAAACUCUAAUAAAUCUAAUGAAGAAUAUAGCUUAUGCUCUUGACUUCUUGCAUACAUUGAAAGUUGUUCGUUCAUACAGCCAUAAACCCAGAGAAUAUCUUGGUUACUGAUUCUUUGACUGCCAAAUUGUCACGGUUGGGUGACAUCAUUUUAAUCUCAGAGGAGUUGGUGUCUAGUACUUUUCUAUCGAGUUCUAGUAAUUUAGGUUGGCGACCAGUCGACAAGUCAGUUACCUAUGCAUUAGAUAUGUUCAGCUUUGGGUGUAUUCUCUUUUAUUCACUCUCCGGUGGUCUUCAUCCUUUUGGAGAUGAGAAGAAUUGUGUUAAACACAUUGCUAGUAACCAACCAAGUUUAUCGGAAAUAAAUCAUCUGCCAGAAGCUAAGCAACUCGUUAGAGGUUUGCUGAACUCUAAUCCUGAAUCACGUCCUAGUGCAUCUGAAGUGCUUAAACAUCCAAUAUUUUGGAGCACAGAUAAAAAGAUUCAAUUAAUUGUUGAGGCUAGUGACCAUUUCACUGCUGUACCAGCCUUUCUGCAAAAUCUUACAGCCACUGAAAGAAAGAUAACGACUGCAUUGGCUAAGAAAUGGGUCAGCCAGGUAGAUGGAAAUGUCUUGAAUUCAAUGAGAAGUAAGUACAGGGACAACGAUUUUGGGGAAUUGGUGCGUUUCUUCAGGAAUUGUAAAUGUCACUACUCUGAUAUCAUGAUAGAUAUAAAGGGGAGUAUAGUUUCUAUUCAGACGGUUAUGGGAGACAUGCCAGAUGGAUUUCAUAGCUAUUUUGCUU